CUGUCCAUCACUAAUCAACUGGAACUGAAUUAGAUCUUCUCUUUGUUGAAGAUAUCCACUUUCAUCAGAAUACGUCUUCAUACAGUAUCAUUGUUGAAGUAUAUAAUGAUCUCCUGGUUCCGCUCAUUUCAAUUAGCAUCUGUUUAUGUAAUUCUCUCCAAGCCUCUCUGGAUUCAUUCUGCUGGUCAUUUCUUACAGAACAAUAAUAUUCCAUAACAUUCAUAUACCACAAUUUACCCAACCAUUCUUCAAUUGAUGAGCACAGGAUUACCUUAUAUUCUGUUUGGGCAACUUAAUUCAUACCAUCUUAAAUCUUUAGGGACAUGACAGCAUUAAAGGGAAAGAGGCUGGCUAAUUGCCUGGCUACUCAGAUUGAGUCUUAUAGGAUAUCUGAUUUCCUAGAGCAGUCAUGAAAGAUGUAGGACCUGUGGUAAGGGGCAGCUUUUCAAGUUAAAAAUCUGAAUGUUAUCUAUAAAAGUAGAAGUAACUGGCACUUAGGGUGUAGUUUGAGGACUGAUUGUUACAAACUAAAUUUGCAAGAGGCUAAUUACUAAAUUAGGAUGACAAUUGGUUUCAAAUAGGGGAUUGUUCUGAUAAGAUAACGAGAUAACAGUCCCAGUUAGCAGUUUCACUCACAAGAGCAAAUCAGAAGGUGUUUGGUGAGAAUAGAUUUAAGUCAAAGGAUACAGGGGUUCUUUUUUUUUUUUUUCUUUUAAGAUUCUUAAAAUAUCUUUUGUGUUUUUCCUCCUAGAUUUCUUCACCCCACAUCCUUUCCUCCCUCCCCUCUACCAGUGAUUUAGCAAUCUAAAAAUGUUAGUUAUCGAAGGAGGAGAGGUUGUAUUAAGAAGCAUAAUGGAGUUGAGGGAAAUACCAUAUGACAUGGAGGAAGAGGAAUGGAAAAAACACCCUUUUCUCAGAGUACAGAGUGCCAUGGUGGUCUGACCUAAAGAAGAUAAGCCUUCAUGGGAUAGCCCACAAUUAGGUUUUUUAGGGAAAAUUUAGCUUCAGGCACAUUACUAAGAUUCCUGACAGAGCAUGGCAAAGUGAGACUGUUCUAGAUUUCUAUAGAAGCUCUCAAAGAUGGGUGCUGCAUUGAGUCAACCUGACAUCUCAUUCCCUGAUGAAUGCCUGAGAAUUGUACUGGUUGGAAAAACUGGAAAUGGAAAAAGUGCAUCAGGGAAUACCAUCCUUGGGAAGAAAGUUUUUGAAUCUAAAAUUGCAGCACAAGCAGUGACCAAGAAAUGUAAAAAAGCAGUUGGAAUCUGGGAAGGGAAAAAAUUUAUAGUUGUUGACACACCUGGACUGUUUGACACAAGGAAGAGUCUAGAAGCCACUUGUAAUGAGAUCAGUCGCUGUGUCAUCUAUUCUUCCCCAGGACCCCAUGCCAUCAUUCUGGUUCAGCAACUGGAUCGAUACACUGCUGAAGCAAAACACACUGUCUCUUUGAUUAAGGCACUCUUUGGGGACUUAGCCAUGAACUACAUGGUCAUCUUAUUCACUCGAAAAGAUGACUUGAAAGAUGAGUCCCUACAUGACUUCGUGAAAAAGUCUGAUGCGAACCUCCAAAGUCUUGUCAAAGAGUGUAGAGGAAGAUACUGUGCCUUCAAUAACAAAGCUGAGGGCAAUGAAAGAGAAACCCAGGUGAAGAAGCUAUUGAACAUAAUUGAAAAAAUGAUGAAGGAUAAUAAUGGGGAAUACUUUUCAGAUGAAAUAUACCAGAAAACUAAUGAGUCCCUGGAAAGAAGAAAAGCAGCCCUAAAGACAAUCUACAGUGAACAAAGAGACUGUGAUCUGAAAAUUGUAGAGGAACGAUAUGCUCACAUGUUUUCUCUGACAGAAGAGGAACAAAAGGAAAAGCAAAAAGAAAUAGAAAAGAUAGAGAAGGAAUAUGAAGAAAAAAUGAAAAAUAUAAACACAGAUGCUGAGAAUUCUGUAUUUGACCAAGUUGUUCAGUUCAUUAGGGAUGUGAUUUCUCAAAUUUCUGGUUGGUUCAGGAAUGAAUGAUUGUUUUAUUUUCCAUUGAUUUCUUCAUAUAUGUUGAUAUCCUGGAUGUACAGAAUUAUGACCUCAUGCAAUGAAUAGAAAUGAGUCAUAAUUUCCUUCAUGUCACUCAAAGAGAAGGAAUUUUUAAAUGAAAAAAUAUUUUAUAUUGGGGGUAGAGCCUCCACUAUGGAUUUGCCACAUUAUAUGGCUCCAGAAUUGAAUUCACCACUUGUUUUGUCUGACCUUGUGCCUAGAAAGGAUGUUCUGUCACUUUGUGAAAGCAAGUAGCUAAUUAGUUAUGAAUAGUAUAGAAAUGUGAAUUGGGGCCCAAUAGAAAUGAGAAUUCAGGUAUGGGAGAAAUGUCUAUGGAGUAGGGAGGACCAGGAGUUGGUGAUGAGACAGCUUUCUGACUCCUUGCUGUCCCGAGUCUGACUUUCCCAGAUCUCCAGAUUAUGUUAGUCUCCCAUAUUUAUUAAUUCUUUUUAUAUACCCCUCCACAUUUAACAAAUAAAAAUUAUUCUAGCUUUCUCCUAAAGAUGGCCCUAUCUUUCAUUUCAUUUGUGCUCCUUUUAGCUGCUGUGAUCCAAAGGUUCCUGACUAUUGCUUUGGCCUAUAUAGAAUACAAGCUCCUCGUCAGUAGGGAUUGUUUCACUCAUUAUACUUCAUUCCCAGUUCCAGCACUAUCUACCAUAUAGCAGACAACAUAUAUCAGAUUCUUAAUAAAUACUUGUUGAUGAUUGUACUCAGCCAAAUUGUGUCAUUGAUAUGAAAUGUUAUAGUGGCAUCCCAUUGACUGGGUCCUUCAAGGACCUGAGUUUCAUGUAGAUUUUUUCCUCUUCCCCAAUUCACUAAAUAGGAGAGGAUAUUUCUAACGCUGAUUGGCUGACAAGAGAGGGUAGAAUUAUCUGAGAUUUAAAUUCAUGUGAAUGAGUACUCUCCUGUGAAUAGAAUUAUUUGACAAUACCUUGUGGAGAUGGAAGGAAGGAUCAGCAAGGAAAUAAGCAUUUAUACAAACUACUAUGUGCCAGGCACUGUGUUAAAUGCUUUUAUAAAUAUCCCAUUUAGUCCUAAAGACAGCCAUGUCUUUAUUAACCUUAUUUUUGGCUGAAAAAUACUAAGGUAAACAGCAGUUUGUGGCUGGUCUCAGAAAAACCUGGGAAGGAAUGUUUAUGCUAGCCCUUUUUGUAGUGUUGAAGAAUUAGAAAUUGAGAUGUUCAUCAGUUGGGGAAUGGCUAAAUAAGUUUUGGUAUAUGAAUGUAAUGGAUAUUAUUGUUCUAUAAAAAAUGAUGAGAAAACAGAUAUCAGAAAAGCCUGAGAGACUUUAAUGAACUGAUGCUAAGUAAUGUGAGCAAAACAAGAGAACAUUAUACACAGUAAUAACAAGAUUAUAUGACAAUCAACUAUAGUGGACUUGGCUCUUUUCAACAACGAGGUGAUUCAAGACAAAUCAAUGAACUUGUAAGAGAAAAUACCAUCUGCAUCGAGAGAGAGAAAAAUGGAGACUAAAUGUGUGUCAUAGCAUAUUUUCACCCUUUUGUUAUUGUUUGAUUGCUUGUUUUUUUCUUUCUCAAUAAAAGUUUUUUCAAGUUUU